AUGGCCAACUUCAGAGAUAAAAUUGACACGCACUUCCAGAUAAUUAUGAAUGAGGUGGGACUGGACCCGGUACAAAUGCAGUAUUUUAUUGCAAACUUGCCUAUAGAAAAGAAAAUGAAGAUGAUUUUGAGCGUAAGCAAGCGAAAGGCCAAAACUCUGAUGUUCAUUGAUUUCUUUGGGCAGCUCAAGAAUGAAACGUGUACAGAAGCGUUUUACUGUGUAAAAAAAACAUUUGAAGCGGGAUUAGAACACAUGAAGAUGCUGAAUGCCGCCAACUUCUUGUGCGAUGCGCUUGCACGAGGUGUUUCUGUACCUGAAUAUUUUGAACUCAUCAUUUUAUUCCAGAAAAGCGGUGUAUCAUUCCCCGAUAAGCUGUAUGAAAGCGUUCUUAUGCAUGUGUUUAUGAAAAACGUGCGUAUGAAAGAGUUUGGAUCGGCACACAAUUUGUUUUUUGAAUGGCUGGAGAUGUGUGCAAAAUCAGAUGCGUUGCGAAUCAAAAUCGAAGUGCUGAAAUCGAAGUGUUGUGUGAGUAACAGUGUGCUGAGUCACAUUCUUAAACACAUAAUGGCUAAGAGUGAAAUUAACAAUGAGCUAAAUUUCUUGCCGUAUCUGAUAAAUGACCCGUUUGUUGAUCAUUUGUUGUUGUCACUGAACUUUUUAGGACUCAUAACACCGAAAGUAAAGGACAGAUCGAUGAUUGAUAGCUUGAAGGGCACCGCUGUGGUACACAGUCACGAAUACACGAAGUUCUUGGAUGGUGCACUAAAUUUUUGUGAUUUUAGUGAGGAAAAUUUUUUAGAAAAUGUAAAGCGGGAGAUAAAGAAGUACCUGGCCGAUCAGUCUGUCAGGUUAGCGGUAGAACUCAAAGAGAUCGAAAGGAACAAAAAUGAGUAUAUACGGGUUAGUGGUGAAAGAGGAAGAAUUGAUGGCCAAAUAUUGAGCAGUGUGAAGGAUAAUUACGAAGUGAAAGACGCAUUAAACACGGAAAUGGUUGGCAAGCGGACUACUACAUCUGACAAAAAUGUGGACAAGCAUACUUUAGAAACUGCUUGUUCAGCAGAUGCUGAUCAAUCACGAAACACGAACAACAAAACUGCAAUCAAAAGCGAAAUUGUCAGUAAAAACAAAACAGACGUAGAGGAGCUGACCAAGAAAAUGGAUGAUACUUUACCUAUUUCGAAUAGUAUAGAUGUAAAGAAGGUCGGUGAGGAUGGCAAGACGGCAAAAUCACUAAAAAUUUCAAAAAAACCGCCUCGAAGACCCCCGGGCAGGGCUACGGUCAAAAAGACCAACCCUGAAAUCGUAAAGUGGCGUUCUAAAAAUUACAAGGUAUUGCGUUUGGAACGAAACAAGUGUGAAAUAUUCAAAAAAUACGAUGAAGAGGAAUUAAUGAAGAAGUUUACAGAGGACGAUUUUGUACCAUUCAUAAGAAAAAUGGAAAAGGUGAAGAUUUGUAACGAAACUAAGGAGACAAACAAGGGCAUCUUUCCGAUGAAAAAAAGUUACGCCCUUUCGAUUGCACUUGGACGCGUAAAAGAUGCAGAUGAAACAUUCAUCAAGAAGAUUAUGAACCUGGAAAUGGUUGAUGAGAACGUAGUGAAGCAGAUUCUCACGUACUUUCCCACAGAAAAUGAAAUCGCACAGAUUAAAGAAGGUGAGGAUCUUGGCCGAGCGGAAAUGUUCUACAAGGUCGUGAUAUCUGAUAUCGGCACGUUCUAUGAGUGCUUGAAUUGCAUUCUAUUGAGCUAUAUCCUGAGCAGAACCGAGCUUAUGAACAUGAUCGAUAUCUUAGAAAACGUUAUUUCUUACAUUAUGGUCGACGAAUUCCUCGCAGAAUUUGUGAAUGUGUCGUUGUUUGUUGCAAAUAUCUUAAGUAAGUGUGCAAUAGAAGGCUUUCUUAUCGAUAACUUGAACGAAUUUAUCCAAGACGAGAAUAGAAAACUGUUCCAUCUCAUUCUGUCCAGAAUUGAGAAUGCUUACAAGAGAAGCGAGUAUUUAUCGCAGGCAAAGGCGAUAAACUAUGAUCUUCUGUGCAUGGAAUAUGAGGAAAUUUUGUUGUUACAUUCCAAAAUAAAAGAAAGCAAGUAUGAUUUGGUAGAGGGCAAAAACAUGACAUUUACGAAAAAUAUUGAACAAAUACAAGAAAAAUUUACAGCUUUGAAGAAGAGCUAUGAAAAGUUAAGCAACUAUCUAGGCAAAAAUAUUGAUGAAAAGGGAUUUGCACUGCUUGACAUGUUUUAUGAAAAAGCAGGAAAGUAUUAUAAAACGAGCAAGGGAUGCUGAUACGAAGUAACCACGGAUAUUCGCAGUAUAAAGGAUACUUGUUUGACCGUACCGUUGCGCACACCGAUAGCAGUUUGUUAUUUAAAUAGAACCGUGAAUAAAUGAUUUUUAAACGUAUUGUUAUCUGAGGAUACAUUGCUUUUCAAUUUAUAACGAUCAAUUCAUGAUAGCUGGUAUGAAGGCGAUUUAUUGAAUAUUUUACCAUCUCAACGGUUUUGAAGCGUAGUGGUCAUAUUCUAUGGUGCCAUUCAUUGUAGCAUCGAGAUGUAGUGUUUGUGUCAUUUUUUCACAAAAAAAAAGAUUUGUCUAUCUGCUCAUACGUCAACAUCUAAAGAACAUAUUUUUCUGGUU